AUGAAGAUUACAGAGAAGCUACAACAGGCACAUAGGGCAGAAGAUGCUCCAGCGACAUUUUCGUUUGAGUAUUUCACUCCGAAGACGUCACAGGGUGUCCAGAACCUAUACGAUAGAAUGGAUAGAAUGUACAACUUGAAUCCUCUGUUCAUUGAUAUUACAUGGAAUGCCGGCGGAAGGUCAUCGAACUUAACAUCUGAAAUGGUCCAUACUACAUCUACUGUUUUAGGUUUGGAAACAUGCAUGCACCUGACAUGUACCAACAUGCCAUUAGAGCUCAUUGAUAAUGCUUUACAACAAGCAUACGAUUCUGGAUGCCAAAAUAUUUUGGCGCUUAGGGGCGACCCACCACUAGAUGGAUCUGAAUCGACUGGUGACUUCAAAUACGCAAAGGAUUUGAUUAGACAUAUCAGAAAUAAAUUUGGUGACUAUUUUUGCAUUGGUGUUGCAGGAUAUCCAGAAAACCAUCCUGAAGAAGCCGAUGAGAUGAAAAAUUUACAAUAUUUGAAGAUCAAGCAAGACGAAGGCGCUGAUUUUGUUGUUACCCAAUUGGCCUAUGAUGUGAACAUUUUCAUUGAAUGGGUUCAAAAAUGUAGACAAGUUGGAAUUACAAUGCCGAUUAUUCCUGGAAUCAUGCCAAUCUCAAACUAUAACGCUUUUUUAAGAAGGGCAAAGUGGAAUGAAGUAUCAAUUCCUCAGAGCUUCUUAGAUAGACUAGAGCCAAUCAAGGAUGACGAUGCUAAAGUGAGGGAGGAAGGCGCAUUAUUAAUGACUGAAUUUUGUAGCAAACUACUUGAAUCCAAACUAAUCAACCAUUUACACUUCUAUACCAUGAACUUGGAGAAAUCAACAUUGAUGCUACUAGAAAAUUUGAACCUAAUUUCUUGUGCUUCCAAAAUAAAUUAUGAAAAUGAAAACUCAAAACCUUGGAGGAGAUCGCUCAAUCCUUCCAGAGAAACCGAGAACGUUAGACCAAUCUUUUGGAAAAAUAGAAAAUUCUCUUAUAUCCAACGUACCAAUGCAUGGGACGAAUUCCCAAAUGGUAGAUGGGGAGACUCCAGGUCGCCUGCUUUUGGUGGAUUAGAUUUGCUAGAACAUGAAAUUAUUCGUCAUUCACCUGCAAAAAUAUUGUCAUUGUGGGAUAAACCAUCCAACCCCAUGGAAUUAGGUAACUUAAUAAUUGCAUACCUUGAAAACAGAAUUCAUUGUUUACCAUGGUCAGAUACGCAAGUUACUUCCGAAAUCGAGCCAAUAAAACAAUCCUUGAUUGAUUUGAAUAAACACGGUGUGUUGACUAUCAAUUCACAGCCGAAAAUAAACGGUGUUAGAUCUGACGACCUUGUUUUUGGAUGGGGUCCUUCUAAUGGUUAUGUGUAUCAAAAGCAAUAUCUGGAAUUUCUACUUCCAAAAUCUAAAAUGAAUUUUUUGAUUUCGAAAAUUGAAUCUGUCAAUAAAGAAUAUAACUAUAAUAUUCUGAAUUAUUUUAUUGCUGAUGCUGAUUCCAACAAUGUCCUAGGAUCCAAUGUUAUCGAAUCUGCUGAUGUGAACGCCGUCACAUGGGGAUGCUUCCCAGGUAAAGAGGUUGCACAACCUACCAUUGUGGAGAAAGUCUCUUUUAUUGCAUGGAAGGAUGAAUUGUUCCUCAUUUUGAAGAAAUGGUCAAAUGUCCUGAAAUCAUCUUUGGUUGAUGCACAAACCCAGCCCGAUGAGAACGAUAGGCUCAGCGAUCUGAACAGUGCUAAUUUCAUCGAAAGCUUAAUCAACGAAUAUGUUCUAGUUAACAUUGUUGAUAAUGAUUAUGUCCAUCCCAGUGAUAGAAUUUUCUCCCUAUUCAAUGAUAUUUGA